ACCCUUGCUGGUAGACGUGAUCCUUGCUUUAAAAGCACUGGAAGUAAAAGAAGAAGUGAUUUCUAAACUGGCCUACAUCGCAAGUAGCCAGAUAGCACGUAUACCCCCACGUGCACGUGAGCGCCAUGAAGAAAUACGUGGUAGUUUGGGGGGCCACAUUUUUUGUCGUGGUGUGUGUGUCGCUGUAUCUGAUGAUGGAGACCGUGUCCACUAACAUGGGUAAAUCCCAGGAUCUGGACGCCAGGCUGGUAGAAGACAAGAUAGCGAGGAUCCGAUCAGACAUUUCUAAAAACCAACAAACGAUCCGAGAAAUCAAAGACUAUGUACGCUCGAUGAGUCAAGGUGACAAGUCUGUGUUAAACAAACUACAGAGCGUUCUGGACCAACAGGAGUCGGAGGUCAAACUUGAUGACCUUUUGAAGGUCAAGGACACCGACAACACGGCCCUGGUGUAUCGCCCCAAGGGAGGGGUCAAGCUGAGUGGAGACACAUGUAACCUGGUCGAGGGGCCGAAUCCUAAAAGUGACAUACAGAUGUUAAGAGUUUAUGAGAGCCAGAAGUUUGAAAAUCCUGAUGGAGGCGCAUGGAAGCAAGGCUGGAGAGUUACCUACCCUGAGGGAAAGUGGAAUGCAGACAACAUAUUACACGUGUUUGUGUUACCACACAGCCACACCGACCCAGGUUGGGUUAAGAAGUUCAUGGACUACUACACCCAGCAGACAAAGCCAAUCUUGGACAACGUCCUUAACUUUCUGGCGGCGGACAAGCGGCGGCGGUUUAUCUACGCGGAGCUCUCCUUCUUCUCUCUGUGGUGGGAGUCACUGAGUGCCGAUAAAAAGGAAACCGCAAAACGGUAAACAUGUGGUGUGAAUCUAGAGAUAGCCACGGGGGG